AGAUAACUACGAUUUACACGUUGUCUGCAUUACUUAUAAACAUUAAAAACGAUUACAAAAAAAAAAAACACUACGUAGUAUUUAAUUUACUCUGUCAGAAUCAAUAUAGCAAAAAUACCUUGGUAAUUUUCCAUGAGACGUAUGUCAAAGUAAAAUUAAUAUUUCGUAGUACUAUGAUAAAAAUUAAGAUCUUAUUCAGAUUUUAAUUAAACGGCAAUACAACAAAAAUAAUUAUGCUGAAGGCUGUGAUUUUGAUUGGAGGUCCUUUGAAAGGGACAAGAUUCAGACCUCUAUCAUUAGAUAUACCAAAACCUUUAUUUCCUGUAGCUGGUUUACCUCUAAUUCAGCAUCACAUAGAAGCAUGUAUCAGAGUUCCUCAAAUCAAAGAAAUUCUUAUCAUUGGAUACUAUCCACAAAAUGAUCUCGCACAAUUUGUACAUGACAUGACUAAUCAAUAUUCUAAUCGUCUCAAAAUAAGAUACUUGCAAGAAUUUACUGCCUUAGGAACAGCUGGAGGUCUUUACCACUUUCGGGAUCAAAUUCGAUAUGGUCAACCUCAGGCAUUUUUUGUAAUGAAUGGGGAUGUAUGUGCUGAUUUUCCUUUAGCCUCUAUGUUAGACAUUCAUAUGUCAAAAGAUAAAGCUCUUAUAACUGUACUAGCAACUGAAGCUACUCGACAUCAAUCAAUGCAUUAUGGAUGUAUGGUGACUGACAAGGAAACGAAUGCAAUUGAACAUUACGUAGAAAAACCUUCAACUUUUGUUUCGACUUUAGUUAACUGUGGAGUAUAUCUAUGCUCUACAGAAUUAUUCCAAACAAUUUCAAUUUUUGCAUCUGGAGCAUGUUCAGCUUCUAUUGAUAAUGAGAAUUCAUAUGUUUUUGGCAGCAAUCAUGAUGUUAUAAGACUUGAGCAAGAUGUGCUUAGACAUUUGGCAGGUACAGGUCGUGCCUAUGCUGCACCUACAUUGAAUUGGUGGUCACAAGUGAAAACAGCUGGAGCUGCAAUUUAUGCUAAUCGCCAUUAUCUUGCACUUAAACAUAACAUGGGAAAUUUACCCUUGAAUACAGAUGGAUAUACUACCAUUGGUCAUGUAUACGUACACCCAACUGCAAAAGUUCAUCCUACAGCAUUGCUAGGUCCCAAUGUCAGUAUUGGAUCUGGAGCACAAAUUGCAGCUGGUGUUCGCAUAAAAGAAUCUAUUAUUUUACAAGAUGCUUGUAUAUCUCAACAUAGUCUAGUUAUGCAUAGUAUUGUUGGUUGCUCAGCUAAAAUUGGUGCUUGGUGCAGAGUUGAGGGCACUCCAUGUGGGGAUCCUAAUCCUAAUAAACCUUUUGCCAAAAUGGAUCAAUUACCCUUAUUUAAUCCUGAUGAUGGCCGUUUAAAUCCAAGUAUUACAAUUCUUGGUUGCAGUGUAAUUGUGCCAUCUGAAAUAAUACUGUUAAAUAGUAUUGUAUUACCCUACAAAUCAUUAACUAGAAGUUUUAAAAAUGAAAUUAUUUUGUAAUAAUUUACUUAUAUUACAUCUUAUUAUUGUUUUAAAUAAUUAUCUUAUUAAAUAUAUAAUAAAACACUUAAUGCUGAUAUGUAUACUAUAA